AUGAUCGUCCCGCUCCUCGCCGCCGCGAUCGCCCUCGCCGCCCCGUCCCCCGGCGCGGCUCGGACACCCGCGGGAGUCGACCCACGCGCGCAGGUUGCGCACUUCGACCCGCGCCAGGACGGGGCGGUCGACUGCCGCGUGUUCGUCUUCGCCGGCAUCGCGGGCGCGUGCAACACGGACGCGCAGGGCACGCCGGAGCGGUGCUGCGCCGCGCUGGGGACGGCGGAGGACGCGAGGUGCUUCUGCGACGAAGGCGUGGUGCGCGCGGUGCGAGACGUCAUAGGCGAGCGGGGGCUGGACUUCUUCAGGUCGUUCGCGUCUGCCCGGUGCGGGCGCGCGCUGACGGAAGGGAACGCGUGCGGGAACGACGCGUCGCCGUCGCUCGGGGAGAGGGAGGUGAACAUCCUCCAGCAGCAGCAGCAGCAGCAGCAGCAGCCUGGGGCCUUUCCCCCUUUUCCGCCAGCCCCGGCGUUCCCGAGAGCUCCAAACUCGCCCCCGCGCGUCGGCGCGGGCGCUCCCGGAAAUUUUCCACCCUCGCCGGCGUCCGAGCAGUUCAUCGUGGACCUACCCCCGCUCCCGUCGUUUCCGGAACUUCCAGACGCUCCCGCGACGCCGCUCGCGCCGCUGACGCCCCCGCCCCCGGCGCCAAAGCCGCCCCCGCCGAUCGGCACACCGGGCGCCGCGCCGCAACUCUCGAUCCCGCCACCCGCGCCGCAGACCAUCGCGCAGUACGUGGGCGCGCCGCCGUCGCCGAGCGACCCCGUCCGGCGGAAGCCGCCGGGGCUGCCAACGGUGUGGGACAAGCUCAACGACGACGUCGCGGACUUUCAGUUUGGAUUCUUCGCCGACGCAAUCGUCGCCGUCGGGCUCAAGGGUUUGUUCCAAUCGGCUGGGCCGUUUACAGUGUUUGCGCCGACGAAUCGGGCGUGGUACAGUGCGCUGGUGUCACUGGGGGUGACAAAGGAGGCGAGUGACGUGUUCGAGGAUCCCUCGCUGACCGAGGUGAUAAUGCACCACGUGCACAGGGGCGAGGUGUUCUCCGAGUCGAUGUUCUUCGGAAAAAAGAUACCCACGAUGCACAUGUCCGCCCCGAACGUCGCCAGAUCUGUUCGAGCGGCGCUACAAUCCGGCGCGGAUCCGGUCGCGGUCAGGGCCAUGAUGACGGAGGGUUUGGAGAUUGAGACGUUCCAGACCAUGUUUCGGAAGAUGUACUACGUGGACGGGUGCGACUUGCGUCGCCACUCGAUGGACGUGGUGGCGAGCAACGGGGUAAUCCACGCCGUGGACUGCGUGCUCUUCCCGCCCUCGCCGCAACCGCUGCCGAGCGGACGAACCGUGGCGCAGGUCAUCGUCGAGAGGUUCGAGCUGUCCAUCUUCGAGCAGGCGCUCACCGGCGGGGGCUUGCUGAGGGCCGUCAACCAGGCCAGCGCGGAGAAUCCCCUCACCGUGUUUGCCCCCACCAACACCGCGUUUGUGAAGUUCAUGGCGUCGAGCCCGUCGUUUUUCAUAGACACCGAGGCGGAGCGGGUGGUGAACCCUGGAUAUCCUGGUCUGCAGGAGACGCUGCUGUACCACUUCGUGCCCGCGAGGCUCACCAGCGGUCAGCUCUCGACGCACAAUGCGCGGACGUUGCGGACGUUCGAAGGCAAGGAGUUGUUUGUGGAAAGUUUUGGAUGGAGCGGGCGGCGCCACGCGAAUUACUUGAACCACGUGCUGGGUCAGAAGCUUUACGUCAACGGAUGCAGGCUGCGGCAGGUGGACUUCGUGUGCGUCGACGGGGUGGUACACACCAUAGACUGCGUGCUGCAGCCCAAUUUCCGGGACGACGAGGACAAGUGGUUCGGGGACACCGAGUGA